AUGCGAAGGCAUACAACGACCAAAGGAUUUUGUCUGUGCCACUUGCGGUGCGUGUGGCGAGUAACGGGAAGACUGGGCAUCUAUCUGGGCUAUUACAAUGUGGGCUAUGCACAGGACUCGAAAUUUGUCUGGGACGAGCAGCUCUACGUGCAGGUAAUGUGCGUGAUCAACAUGAUUGUAUCCGUUGCCUAUCUGUGGGUCAGUCAGCGUUGGGUCUACGAUCAGCUGCUUUUCUUGCUCUACGUGCCGCUCUACAUUUACUUUUUGAGACUGCGAAGGCAUCUGACCAAGCUACUGAAUACCUGUGCCGGCAUAAAUGGCAGACUGCAGGACAUGCUCGGCGACAGGCUGUGUGUGCCAUUGUGGAGAGAGUGCGUUCUGACGCUCCUGCUGCCAUUCCAGCUCUGCCUACUGUUUAUGUGGCAGUGCCGCAUGUAUUAUAGCUACCAGGCAUGUUUCAUCGCUGGCGUCGCGCUCAUCUAUCACAUGCAGCUGCUCUUCCUGGGCAACUAUCUGAUAUGGCUGGCGAGCAUUUUCCGGGCGCUGAACGCAUUCCUGCAGCAGCACAUGUCGAGCACCCGGUUGGGCAUCCUACGCACAAUACUGCAGGAGCAAGUGAAUAUUUGGAGUGUGCAUUGGCAUAUCAUUCGUUACUUUGCGCUGCAUCUGAUCAGCCUUAUGGGAUUUAUUGUGUUGCGCUGCAGUCAGCUAUUAGCGGAUUGGCAACCCUUCUCCAACAACUCGGAACUGAGCCUCGAUCGAAUGCAACUGGUGCAUUUGAUGUUGCUACUUAUGACGUUUAUCACGCUGCUAAUUUGUGCAUAUGAUCUCCAGUUACAACGUUGGCAUUUCUAUGGCUAUUAUCUACAGCUGGAGGAUCGACACAAUUACUUCAAGUUGAAGUCCUGGAGCCUGUUGCGCAAACAGACACUGCCCAUGCCCUUCGGCCUGCCCAUUUUGCGUCGCUUUGCCAAACCGCUGCACAAACGGGAUAUCAUCAGCAUGUUGCUUACAAGCAACUUGCCGGUCACACAGCUACGCCCGAGGUCCUUGCCAAUGGCCAUCCUGGAUCUGAACUCUCUUCAACUACAACUGACACUGCCCAUGCUCCUUAACAUCAUCAUCAGAGUGGGUGGCGUAGCGUUCCUUUCACUAUGUGUGUAUUUGCUGCAACAUCCACAAAUGCAAAUUAAUUUUUAUACCGGUUAUACGAAAGGCAAUUUCGAUAUUAAUAUGACCCAAGCAAUUAGCGAGGUCUAUCGCUGGUAUGCGUAUGAUGAAUUAGAGUAA